AUGGAGGAGCGGGACCCGCCACCACAUUAUGCAAACAAUAGCCAUAGUUCCAAACCCAAGUUACCUAACAUCGACCCCGGCACCUACGUUGUCCACGUCCCCAAGGAUCAAAUCUACCGUGUUCCGCCCCCAGAAAAUGCCCGUAUCGCUGAGAACUAUCGAAACCCUCCCUCGAGGGAUACUAAACAAACACGCUGCUGGUGUUUUGUGUUAAUCAUUGUGUUCAUCGCCAUUGUCAUUUUUAUUGGAGGCCUUCUUGGUGGCCUUUUCUCCAUAGUACUUACACCAAAGGACCCUAGGUUUUCCAUCCAACGCUUUCUCCUAGAGACCACACCCCACCCCAAAUACAACAUCACUUUACAAGUCUACAAUCCAAAUUCAAAAGUGGACAUUUCUUAUAAAGAAGGAGGGGUUGUUUCCCUCUCUUUAAGGCGACAAGGAAUUGCUUCAGGAGCCUACCCAACUUUCCAUCAACCACAUCAUAAUUCAACAGUGUUUGGCGUUGCUUUGAAAGGCUCAAAAGCUGGUUUCCCUAAGGAGGUGGACGAAAGCAUGAAAAGCGAUACUAACAAAGUGCAUGUCGCAUUCUCCUUAACCAUUCACGUCCUAGCACGAAUGAGAAUGGGGUUGUUGCGUAGUGGGACAAUGAAAUACGACGUUACGUGCCAACUGCUGGUGGAUACAUUGGCGAAAACCACUACUCGUGUGCUUUCUCAACAAUGCCAAACCAAACGACACUAG